AUGUCACAACUCCCACUUCCGGCCCAGACGCUCCAAGGCAAAGUGGCCAUCGUCACCGGGUCGUCGCGUGGACUGGGGGCGGAAAUGGCCAUGGAUCUGGCCCGACGAGGAGCAAAGGUCGUGGUGACAUAUACCUCGGCGUCGUCGGCGGCCAAGGCAGCACAGAUCGUGUCGGAGAUCCAAGCCCUGCCGAAUGCGAACUCGAAUUCGAAUGCCAGCUCGGCCAGCUCGGCCGCCAUCAGCGUGCGCGCAGAUCUGGGGUCGGAGUCGGGACCGCGCGAGAUUGUGGCAUCGACGCUGGCGGCGUUCGGCCCGCACAUCGACAUCCUGGUCAACAACGCGGCGGUGCAGAUCACGAGGAGGCUGGCCGACCUGUCGACGCAGGACUACGAGGCCGUGUACAACGUCAACGUGCGCGGCGUCAUCCUCAUGACCCAAGCGGUGCUGCCGCAUCUGCGCGCGCCGGCGCGCAUCAUCAACAUCUCGUCGGUCGGCGCCCGCGCCGGCUUCGCCAACUACUCGCUCUACGUGUCGUCCAAGGUGGCGCUGGAAGGCCUGACCCGCGCCUGGGCCGGCGAGCUGGGAAGUGAUGGCACCACCGUCAAUGCCGUGGCCCCGGGCCCCGUGCAGAGCGCCAUGCUCGACACCAUUUCCCCAGACCUGGUCGAGAUGCAAAGGCUCAAUACCCCGGUGGAGAACAGGCUGGGCACAGCCCCCGAAAUCGCCGCCAUCGUCAGCUGGUUGGCCUCGAGCGAUGCUAGUUGGGUUUCCGGUCAGGUGGUCAAUGCCUCCGGUGGCUUUAGUAUGUAUUGA